AUGAGAAGUAAAUAUUUUUUAAAAAAAAACAAAAAAAAUCUAAAAGAAAACAAAAGCUACAUACUAAAUUAUAACAUUCCCGUAACAACAAGUUUAUACAAUUCUACCAUCUUUCAAAAACAUGAGAAAUUAAUAAGUAAAAAGAAAAAAAAAUCAUUGAAUCAUAAUAAAAAUAUAACAUAUAAUAAAAGAAAUGAGAAAAAUUAUUUAUAUAAUAUAGGAUGUAAGGAAAAAUACAGUUGCGAAAAUGAAAAUAAUGAGAUAAAAGAUGACAAUUCUUUAAAUUUCAUAUGUGAAUUGUAUAAUUUUAGAAAAGAAAAUAAUAAAAAAGGAAUAAAAACAAUAAAAAAGAAAGGAAGCAAUUUAAACGAAAAGGAAAAUUUGCAUUUAAAAUAUGAACAAAUUAUAUUGAUAAAUAGGGAAUUCAAUAAUUUAAUGAAAAAUUUAAAAUUAAAUAAUAAAGAACUGUCAAGAAAUGUAAAAUGCGAAAAAUGUAAUUGUGGAACGAUAUUAAAAAAAGGAAAAUAUGGUUAUUUUUUAGUGUGCAAAUCAUGUUUUGUUAAAAUAUCAAAAAAAAAUAUAGAUAAUUUUAUAUAUAAUGAAAAGGGUAAAGCAUUUUAUAAAAAUAAAAGAAAAAUAUCAUUUGAAAUAGAAAAUAAAUAUUCUUUUCGUAUACAUUAUUUUGGAAAUAUAAAUGUUGCAAGAAAAUUUAAUCAAAUAAUUAGUGAAAUAAUAAAAGAAAUAGUUGUUGAUUUAAUAAGAAUUAAAAAAAAUAAAAUAAAAUAUAGAAAUAUUAUAAAAUAUAUUUAUAAAAUAAAUAAUCCUUUUAAUGAGAACAAUAAUUAUUUUAAUAAUUUUUUUUUCUUGUUUAAAAAAAGAAAUUACUAUUUCUAUAAUUUUUCUUUCAAAAGAAAUUAUUAUGCUAAUGUUUGGAAAAAGAACAAUUAUAUUAAAAGAAAAACCAAGUAUGACUUUCUCUUUUUAUAUAAUAAAAAAUUUAUACAUUCUAUAGAAACAAAAAUAAAUAUAAAUAAAAAAUAUAAAAAUAGAAUUAAAAAGUGUUUAUUAAAAUAUUUAAAUAAUGAUUUCUUUCAGGAAAUCUUUUAUUUACCUUUAUCAUGGAAACCUAGAAAAGAUUACAUUAAUAGUGGUAUAUUCCCAUUUCAUUUAUCAAAGGAUAUCAAAAAAAUAAAAUCAUUUAGAAGACUGAGUGUUAAUAAUAAUAAUUAUUUAUGUGGAUGUGUUUUUAUUAUGUUCAUAUCAUUAAUAUUACGUUAUUUUAUUUAUAAAUUAUAUAAUUCUCACUUUAUUUAUGAAAUCCCCAAAACUAUAUAUUAUUUUUUUAGGCAUUUUUAUCCAAAGUUUAAUAAUAAAUUUUAUGUAUUUAAACAUUUUUUAAAAAAAAAAUACAUAGAUACAGUUAUUAAAACCUAUGAAAAGUAUAAAUCAAGUUUAAUUGAAAUUAAAAAAAAUUAUAUUAUUCACAAAUAUAAGCAAUUAGAAGAAGAAUCAAAAGAAGAGAGAAGUAUUAUGAGUUCUUAUAACUUUGAAGAAUUAUAUAUUAGCACAUAUCUUAUUGAUAAAUGUGAAUUAAGAAAAGAAAUAUUGAGUAAUUAUUAUAUGAGAAAGAAAAAUAAAAUUAAAAAAAAAAUUAAUAAAGAAAUUAAAAGCAUAUGCCUAGAAGAAAUAAAAAAAAAGCUCCCUAGAAGAAUUCAAAAAGUAAUUUUGCCAUAUCAAUUAGAAACGAUAUACUUUUUUAAAAAAAAAAAUGGAAGAAUAUUAAUAGCUGAUGAAAUGGGAUUAGGAAAAACAUUACAGUCAAUUUCUAUUUUAUAUUUUUAUAACUUAAUGCCUACUCUAAUUAUAUCACCGUCUUCCUUAAAAAUUAAUUGGCUAUCAGAAAUAGAAAAAUUUCUUAAUUUCUUUGAUAUAUCAAAAAUAUUAAUUAUUAAUAGUUCAAAUGAUUUACCAAAGUUAAAUAUAAAUUACAAAGAAGAAAUUUUUUCUUAUAAUAAAAAUGUAAAUAUUAUCAAAGAAAUAAAAUUUAAAUUGAUUAUUGUUGAUGAGAGUCAUUUUAUAAGAACUGUUCACUAUGGAAAACAAAGUGAAUUAACAAAAAUGAUAAAAAAGAAAAUAAAAGAAACAAAAAAUGUUAUUUUUUUAAGUGGUACUCCAUCCAUUAAUAGACCUAUAAAUAUAUUUCAUCAGAUAAAAUUUUUAAUUAAUAAUAAUAAAAUAUUUUGCAAAAAUAAAUUUAUAUUUGGUGAAGAAUUUUGUAAAAAAUAUUAUUAUAGAGGAGAAAGAAUAUAUGAAGAAAAUUUAAGAUCAUGGGAAUUUUACAUUUUUUUAAAAAAAACAGUAAUGAUAAGAAGAAUUAUUUCAAAUAUUUUUAAAAAUAAUUUUCCGAAUUUAAAAAGAUUUUUUAUAUAUUUACCAACUAAUAUUCAUGAUACGUUAAGUGAAAAGAAUUUUUUUAUUAAAGGUAAAAACAGAGAAGAUAAAAAUACUAAUAAUGAAAAAAGUAUAAAAAAGAAUUUAAUAAGUGAAAAAGAUGUUAUAAAUAAUUUAAAGAAUGAAAAUAGAGAAGUAGAAAAAAAUAGGAUACUGUAUGAUAAAGAAAAAGAUAGAGCUAAAUUAAAUAGACAAAAAUUGAAUAAAUUUUUUAAUAUUGAUAUAAAAUCUAAAAAAGAAGAAGAAGGACUAUCAAAAGUAGUAAAUGCUUUGCAUUGUAUUGAAAAAUAUUUUCCAGAAAAAAAAAAAAUAAUUUUUUGUUAUCACUUGGUUGUUUGCAAAUGCAUAGAAGAAGAAUUAUUAAAAAUAAUAAAAAAGAAAAAAGAAAAGAAUGAACAUAGCAUAGAUUAUAUAGUAUUAAAUGGAUGUCUACGCGAAAAAGAAAAAAUAGAAAAAAUAAAAUAUUUUCAAGCCAAUAGUAAUUGCUAUUAUGGUAUUUUUACUAUAUGUUCAGUUAGUCAUGGAUUAGAUUUCAGUUUUUGUAAUUUAUGCUUUUUUAUUGAAUUACCAGUUAAUUUUUUUCAUUUGCAGCAAUGCGAAAGUAGAUUAUUUAGAAAAAAUCAAAAAUUUAACACUUUUGUUUUUUAUUUUUUAUUACAAUAUGGAUUAGGUAGUGAUUAUAAGACGUGGAAAAGAUUUCUUUUAUGUUCUCAAAGUACUAGAUCAAUUACUGAUGGUAUAAUAUGUGACAACAAGGAUUUAUUUUAUGAAAAUUUUUCAAAUGAUGUUAUUGAUUUAAUUAAUAACAAUUGUAUCAAUAAGAAAGAGGAUAAAAAAAAUGAAGCAACAAAUAGCAGUGAUUCAUAUAAUAAAGAAAUGAAAUUAGAAAAUAAAAGUUAUAAAGAAAAUGAAUUUUAUAAUAAUGAAAAUAGUGAAAUUAAAAAUGGUAGUAAAGAAAUGAAUGAGAAUAUCAUAUACUAUGAAAACGAUGAAUGCUACAAUAAAGAAAAUAUAAAUAGCGAUAAUAAAAAUUACAAGAAAAAAAAAAAAAAAAAAAAAAGAUAUUUAUUUGAAAUGAAUACACUCACUAAUAGAAUACACGCAUACAAUAAAAAUAGAAAAACUAACUUUACCAUAGAAGAAUUAAAUAACUUGAAAUCAAAAAAAAAACAAACAUUAAAAAAAUGCGCGAGUAAAUUUCUGGAAAACUACAAUAAACUAAAAGCGAAUGAAAAAAGAUGGAUUGAAAAAAAAAAAUGCGAUGUAAAUAUAUCUUUACUUAAAUAUUUAAAUAAUGGAAAUCAAAAUAUGCAAUUGAAAUUUCAAAGAUAUAUAAAAAAUAUUGCUUUAAAAAAUAAAACAUAUGUAAAAGCUUACAUAGAGUACAGUUUUAAAGGAAAAUUUCAAAUAUCUUAUUAUCAAGAGUAUGAUGAAGAAUCUAAUACAUUAAAGUGCUUAUAUUGCAAUAAUACCUUACCUUUUUCUGAGGGCAUUUUGGAUGAAGAGAACAUAUUACAUUAUCUAAAGGAAAAUUCACAUAUAGAAACAGUAGAAAGAUUUAAAAAGGAGUUAGAAAUGAUAAAAUUAAAAAAAAGUAAUAUCAAAAAAAUUAUUAUAUGUAAGGAAAAUAAUUUAUUUUGUGAAGGAAAUUGCAGAAAAGAAUAUUUUUUAAAAAAAAACUCCUACAGUUUAAGAAGAUUAAUAUUUGAAAGAGACAAGGGAAUUUGUAAUAUAUGCAAUCUAAAUUGUACUGAUUUAAUUAAGCAAAUUAAAAAAACUAAAUAUUUUUCGAUUAAUGAAAGGAUUGAUUAUUUUAUUAAGACUAAUCCACUAUUUAUAGAAAAUAUUAAUCAUUUAAAAAAAAUACUUGAAAAACCAAGAGAUGGUUACAUAUGGCAGGUUGAUCAUAUUUUGCCAGUUUUUAAAGGGGGAGGUGAAGCUUCUUUUGAUAAUUUACAAACAUUAUGUACAUUUUGCCAUCAAAAAAAAACAAAAAAUGAUGUAAAAAAUAAAAAAGAUUAUAUAUUUAAUGAAAAAAAAAGUAAGUACUUUUAG